AUGGAGGGAGGAGGUGGAUCGCGAAGGAUAGAGUUGGAGCCGGAGGAGGGUGGGCGGGAUGGUCGAUAUCGUUCCGAUGAUUUGAGGUUGGUGAGGCGGGAGGGGGGACGUGGCGUGAGCCGGAGAUUUGCUAGAGCAGGCGACAAGUGCUUUAGGAGAGCGAGAGGGAGCGUGGAGCUGGUUGAGAGGGAGAGAAGGAGGAGGGGAGAGAGUGGGGGGAGAAGGGGGAAGAGCGCGGUGAGGAAGAGGAGGGGACGUUUGACGGGAAAUGGAACGUUUGCCCUGAGAGAUGACGAGACCAGGGGGGAUUCGGGAGAGAGGCAGGAGAGGAGAGAGAGUUGA